UUUGUAAAGUUAAGAAGCGAACGUAAUGUCCAGGAUUCAGACUUGGACGACUCGAUAAUGCAGUGGAAAGAAGAAGUUCAACAAUUUGCGAGAGAACAACAAAUUGGAGUUUCUUCGUUGAAAGGUGCCGCCGAAGAGUUCUUCCUUUUGCAUCAAACUGUUGAAAAUGCUCAACAUUUGGAAAAAUUUGUAAGAGCCAAUGAUGAUCAAACGCAGACAUUCUUGGGUGAUAGGCGUUUCGUUCAUGACGCUCAAAACAAAGUGAAACAACUUGAACGAAAUGCAACAAGAUUGCUGGAAUUGAAAAGACAGCUUUUAGAUGGACAUGUGACAGAGGAGCAGCUUCUUGAGCAAGGAAAGUCGCAGCUGGCAAAAAUCACUGUAGCAAAGCUGCAGAAGAGAUUAGAAAUAUUGUAUUUUUCAGUCACUAGACGCACAAAAGAAAUAACUUCUCUUGCUGAUUCUAGCAAACGAAGAUCUUCCAUGAGAAAAAAAUGCGCUAAAGAGAAGUCCGAAAUAACAUCCACCGUAGAAGAGUUAAAUUGCCUCUCAAGUCUGUGUGGUCUUCCUACGACAAGUGCGGAAGAAGUCAUGUCUGGAGAUUUUGUUUGGUCGUUUAACCAGUGUGACAUAGAUAGUACGACUUCACAUGGUGUGUAAAAGAAAAGCAAAUAUAGUUCUAUGUAUAUUGUGACGUCCAUGCUCGCUUUUAGUUUCAACU